UUAUAAUAGUUAUUAAUUUGUGAAAAAAUUCGGGGAAGAUAGCAACUCGCGUCACUCAGUGAGUGCAUUGCGUUGAGUUUGGAUGUGUUAGUAAAAGAAAGGAAACAACAAUUCCUGUCCGUAAGCUUGCAGUAUGCGACGCCUUAUUUAUCGGUCGUCAAUCCCCUCUAUCGGGAGACCCUUUCCAUCAUGCAAAUUCUAUUUUCAGUUUGUCUCUCUUGUAAUUAUCAUACAAAAAUUGAAUUCAAUCGAAGAAAGAACCUCCUAACCUAUCAUGGAUGAGCGAAUUGACGAGGAUGAGAAGGAGAAGGAGUCCUUGGCCGCCGCCGGGUUGAGCUCAGUUCCACCUCACCGCAAGGCCCAUUCAUAUAGCCAACAACUGCGAGGCCCCUCCACAAACAAACGCCAUAAUCGAGUCCGCAAGCACAGUCUAGACGACAGCCGUAUAUCGAAUAACAUAAUCGAAUCUUUUUACGAGUCAGACUCGGAUGACGACUUUUUCCCCCAUUCAUCAAAUCAUGCCGCUGCUGAUGAAUACAUCGAAGGGAUUUCGGAUGAUUCGUCUUCUCAGUAUCAGCCAAUGCAGGAAUUUAUUGGCAGCGGAGGCGGAACUGGAGUGUUUAAGGCUCCCAUUAGAGCUUCCGUUCACCCCGGGAGACCACCGUGCCUUGAGUUAAGGCCCCAUCCGUUAAGGGAAACUCAAGUGGGGAAAUUCCUCAGAAACAUUGCCUGUACCGAAACACAGCUGUGGUCUGGACAAGAAUGUGGAGUUAGGGUGUGGGAGUUUCGAAAUGCCUAUGAACAUGGUUGCGGUCUGGGUGGAAGGGUUAGAAGGGGCGACGAGGACGCUGCUCCAUUUUAUGAAUCUUGCGAUACCUCCCCCACAUUAUGUUUGACUGUCGACAACGGGAAUAGGUUGGUUUGGAGUGGCCAUAAGGAUGGCAAGAUUAGGUCAUGGAAAAUGGAUCAACAAUUUUCUACCCCCUUUAAGGAAGGUCUUUCUUGGCAGGCACACAGAGGUCCCGUUCUUGCCAUGGUCUUAACUUGCUAUGGCGAUCUCUGGUCAGGUUCUGAAGGGGGUAUUAUUAAGAUCUGGCCAUGGGAAUCCGUUGAAAAAUCUCUUUCCCACUCUCCAGAAGAAAGACACAUGGCAGCCUUACUUGUCGAGAGAUCUUUCAUUGACCUCAGAAUUCAAGUUACAGUAAAUGGUGUCUGCAGUAUAUCUUCUCAAGAGGUUAAGUGUUUGCUGUCUGAUCAUAUUAGAGCUCGUGUCUGGUGUGCUUCCCCUCUAUCCUUUUCACUCUGGGAUGCCCGUUCAAAGGACCUUUUGAAAGUAUUUAACAUCGACGGUCAGCCAGAAAAUCGAGUUGACAUGUCGUCGGUGCAGCAGGAUCAAGCAGUAGAAGACGAGAUGAAGGUAAAGUUCGUUUCCAACUCAAAAAAAGACAAGUCCCAAAGUUCGAGUUUUCUGCAGAGAUCACGUAAUGCAAUAAUGGGAGCUGCGGAUGCUGUCCGUCGAGUUGCAACCAAGGGAGCUGGGGCAUUUGUUGAAGAUACUAAAAGAACAGAAGCCCUUGUGCAAACAAGUGAUGGGAUGAUUUGGAGUGGAUGUACAAAUGGCUUACUUGUGCAGUGGGAUGGCAGUGGAACCCGUGUGCAGGAUUUUAAUCGCCACCCUUGUGCCGUUCAAUGCUUCUGCACUUUUGGAACACGAGUAUAUGUAGGCUAUGUGAGUGGUAUUAUCCAAGUACUGGACUUAGAAGGCAAUAUAAUUGCAGGAUGGGUUGCUCAUAAUAGUCCUGUGCUUAAAUUGGCUGUUGGUAACGGUUCUGUGUAUAGCUUGGCAACUCAUGGUGGCAUACGCGGAUGGAAUAUUGCAUCCCCAGGCCCUGUUGACAGCAUAAUAAGAUCAGAGCUGGCCUCAAAGGAACUUACUUAUACAAGACGACACAAUAUCAGAAUUUUGAUUGGCACAUGGAAUGUUGGUCAAGGUAGAGCUUCCCAAGAUUCACUUUUGUCGUGGUUGGGGUCUGUUGUAUCAGAUGUUGGCAUUGUUGUGGUUGGUUUGCAAGAGGUGGAGAUGGGUGCUGGUUUUCUUGCAAUGUCUGCGGCAAAAGAAACUGUAGGUCUAGAAGGAAGUGCAAUGGGGCAGUGGUGGCUGGAUACAAUAGGGAAGGCCUUGGAAGAAGGAAAAGCUUUUGAGCGUAUGGGUUCUAGGCAGCUUGCUGGCUUGCUUAUAUCUCUUUGGGUAAGAAAGAAUCUUAGAAAACAUGUUGGGGACAUUGAUGCUGGAGCAGUCCCAUGUGGUUUUGGACGUGCAAUUGGCAACAAGGGAGGAGUGGGGUUGAGAAUCAGAGUCUAUGACAGGAUAAUGUGCUUUGUGAAUUGUCACUUGGCUGCACACUUGGAAGCUGUUAAUCGGCGAAAUGCUGAUUUUGACCACAUUUAUCGAAAUAUGGUCUUCAGCCGAUCCUCCAACCUACUCAAUACAGCAGCUGGUAUGGUACCAUACCUGUUCUUGUCUUGCUCUCUUGCCUUCUCCACAUAUUUAUUUUGGCUACUUUACUCUUCUGGCUUGCCAUUGGUCCUGUCUGUUGCAGCUGGUGUCUCUACUUCUGCUCAUAUGCUUCGUGGUACAAAUGCUAUGGGUGUCAACCCCGAAGAAGCAAAACCUGAGUUAUCUGAAGCAGAUAUGGUGGUAUUUUUUGGUGAUUUCAACUACCGGCUUUUUGGUAUAUCAUAUGAUGAAGCCAGAGACUUUGUUUCUCAAAGAUGUUUUGAUUGGCUUAGAGAAAAAGACCAGCUCAGGGCGGAGAUGAAAGCUGGAAAAGUUUUCCAGGGAAUGCGGGAGGCAAUAAUCAAAUUUCCUCCAACUUAUAAGUUUGAGAGGCACCAACCAGGUUUAGGAGGGUAUGAUUCUGGGGAGAAAAAGCGAAUUCCUGCCUGGUGUGAUAGAAUAAUAUAUCGUGAUACCCGGCCAGCUGCAGUUUCUGAUUGCAAUUUAGACUGUCCUGUUGUGUCAUCAAUUUUACAGUAUGAUGCUUGCAUGGAUGUGACUGAUAGUGAUCACAAACCUGUUCGAUGUAAGUUCAAUGUGAGAAUUUCUCAUGCUGAUAGAUCAAUUAGGAGAAAAGAAUUUGGGGACAUUAUGACAUCAAAUGAGAAAAUCAGAUCUAUGCUCGAAGAAUCAUGUUAUGUUCCAGAAUGCAAUGUCAGCCCAGACAAUAUAGUCCUUGAAAACCAGGAGGCUUCGUUGUUGCUUAUUACAAACAGAAGUACAAAGGAUAAGGCUGUAUACAAGAUCACUUGUGAGGGCCAGUCUAUUGUCAAGAAUGAUGGAGAAGCACCUGAUUAUAUCCCAAGAGCUGCCUUUGGUUUUCCUAGAUGGCUUGAGGUGUCUCCAUCCACCGGCAUAAUUAAACCUGAUCAAACUGUAGAGGUUUCAGUACGUCAUGAAGAUCUGCAUGUCUCUGAAGAAAUAGUAGACGGCAUACCACAGAACUGGUGGAGUGAAGACACCAGAGAUAAGGAGGUGAUUUUGGUGGUUCAUGUUCAAGGCAGUUCCUCCGUCCAAACUUGCAGUCAGAAGAUAUAUGUGCGACAUUGCUUCUCAGUAAAGCCGGUGCGAAUUGACUCAAAAUCCAACAGUGCAAGAAGAAACCAAGUAAGCUAACUGCAUAGAAUAGUUUAAGAAUUUUUAGUAGUUCCACUUGUGUCUUUUGAUUGAUGAUUUUGGAAAUUCCAAAAAAUGCCUACAAGGAAGGAGGGAAAUGUCAAUAGCAUAGAUGCAAAAUAUUAGAGGCUUUGUUUAAAUUGUUGUUGAACAUCCAGAAACACCUGUUAUAUGUCUCAGUACAAGUUAGGUUGCCAUGAUUAUUUUAUUCAUUAACUAAUGGGAAGCCUACUUUCCUAAUAAUGUUUAUUGUUAUUACUCACAUGACUUAAAAUAAGGGUAUUUAUCGAUGAAUGUUUAAAGUCAAUGAAAUUCACUGCCUUUUUGUUA